ACAAUGGACAAGGGAGCAAGAAAGUGGCACACAUAUCUUAUUAAUUUGUCAUUUUGUCACAAGAGUCAAAUAUAUUUAAAAAUUCAAAAGUAUUAAACUAUAUACAUAAUUAUAAAUUAAUUAAUUAAUUAUAAGCUGUACUGAACUAUGUAUAUAUAUAAGUACUACCAGUCGAUAUAUAUAUAAAUACAUAUAUCCAAGUAGUCAUUGGAAAAAAGCUUGUGCAUAUAUGUACAUUUUGAGUACAAGUAAACCGAUAUUGUUGAAGCCAAUUUUAUUAAUGAUAUGAUGAUGAUGAGUAGUAGUUACAGCAGUACAAUAUUAUUUAUAACCAUGAUUUUUGGCGUAAUGGGUUCUCUUCUUCUUCUUCUUAUUCUCAUGAAAUAUUUUUUACCUACAAAACCUCAAAACUUACCAGCUGGUACAAUGGGAUGGCUGCCUUUUUUUGGUGAGACUCUUGCUUUUCUAAAGCCUCACAAUUCUAACUCUUUGGGUUCUUUUCUCCAAGAUCGUUGCCUAAGGUAUGGAAAGGUGUUCAAAUCACAUUUAUUUGGUUCAGGGGCUAUAGUUUCAUGUGAUGUUGAGCUAAACAUGUUUAUUCUUCAAAAUGAAGAGAAACUAUUCGAAGCACAUUAUCCAAAGUCAAUGCAUGGUAUUCUUGGCAAAUAUUCUUUACUUGUUGUGUCAGGAGAUGUUCACAAGAAGUUGAGGAACAUUAUUGUAAGAUUCAUCAACUCAUCUAAGUCUCAACCCAAAUUCCUUGCAUGUGUUGACAAUUUGGUCAUUUCCAUGCUCAAAUCCUGGAAUGACCGUACACAAGUUUCCUUCUUUAAAGAAGCUAAAAGGAUGACACUGAGUGUUAUGGUAAAGAGUGUUUUGAAUAUUGAACCCGAUGACCCAUUAACUGUACAAAUUUUAGAAGAGUUUGAAACAUACAUGAAGGGUUUUGUUUCUUUGCCCAUAUUAUUUCCCGGGACAUCAUAUUACAAAGCAAUCAAGGCAAGAGAGAGGCUUUCUUCAAUUGUUAAAGGAAUAAUAAAAGAAAGAGUACUAGGAAAAACUACUAGGAACGAAGUGGGUGAAGAAGAAUUAUUCUUAGAUAUGAUAAUUGAAAAGGAAGAGAAUCUAAGUGAAGAAGAGAAAUUGAGCAUUGUAUUGGAUAUCUUAUUAGGUGGAUAUGAGACAACCGCAACUCUUAUGUCCUUACUUCUCUACUUUAUUUCCAAUCAACCUCAUGUCUUCCAACAAUUAAAGGAAGAGCACCAAGCAAUAAGGGAAAACAAAAAAGAUGGGGAGCCCUUGAAUUGGGAGGAUUACAAGAAAAUGGACUUUACUUCCCAUGUCACAUGUGAAGCGAUGAGGUGUGGAAAUGUAGUCAAAUUCGUUCAUAGGAAAGCUCUUCAAGAUGUAAAAUAUAAAGAUAUUGUGAUCCCAUCAGGAUGGAAAGUGUUUCCAAUAUUCACAGGCGUGCAUUUUGAUGAAUCACUUCAUGACAAACCCCACGACUUCAAUCCUUGGAGAUGGACUAGUACUGAUAAUAAUAAGGAGAUGAGAAAGAAGGUGACACCAUUUGGUGGUGGACCAAGGCUUUGUCCAGGGUCCGAACUAGCCAAAGUAGUCAUUGGAUUCACCCUUCAUCAUAUUCUCCUUAAUUAUAGGUGGAAGAUAAAAGCAGAUGAAUCCCCGCUUGCUUACCCUUAUGUGGAAUUUCGAAGAGGUUUGAUUUUGGAGAUUGAACCAGCUGAAAACACAUACAUAAAUAUUACAAACUAAUCAUAUAUAUAUAUAUAUAUAUACAUUAAUAUAUUAUAUAUGGUGGUACGUACGUAUACAAUAUGUCCGUAUAUGAUCAAGUCCCUUCUCGGGCAUUAGAUCAGGCUAUAUGUAUUUGCAGUUAUAAUUGUGAGAAUUUUUGUUGAUUAGAUAAGGAUGGAUGAUUAAUUACACUUCAAUUAGCUUUAUUAUUAUUAUAUAUUGUAAUAAUUUGCGGUGAAGCCUCUAAUAUUUGUAAAUAUUACAUAUGACUCUGAUAAAAAAAAUUAUAAAAUAUCUUAUUUUACGAUUUUAUUAUAGUUAUAUUAUUUUUUUUUUGGCUGUUAAAUACCAAUUCAAAAUCACAUGACACGACGAUAUAUUAAUUAUUAGAUCACAUAUUCAAUAAUUAUUAUUUACUCUAUUUUUUAAUUAAAAAUGUAUA